AACUUUAUAAUUUUUAUCAUAAAUUAAAUAUUGUAAAUUUUAAUAACUUUAAUAUGUAUUUUUAAUAAAAUCCACUAAAUAAUAGCUUUUCUUAAAUUAAUAAUCAUAAUCAAUAACUUUGUUUUUUUCCUAACUAUGGCAAUAUAAACAAUUAAAAUAAUUCUUAAAUUUUAAAAAAUAUUAAAACUUAUACGGAUAUUCUAGAAGAGGAGGUAUAUAAGUACAAAAAAAUAAACAAGAUUAUACUGAAACACUUUAAAUUUAAUAAGAUUUUAAAUAAGCAAUAGAAAAUUAAAAAAAUAAGAUGGCUAUGAAAAUUAUUAUUUAAAAAAUCAGUCAAAUUUCUCUUUAAAUAAUGAAUUACCUUAAAAAUAUUUCUUAGAAAAUGCAAAACAAUCGCAAACAAAAUCAAGUAGCAAAAACUUUGAACAAAUAGAUUUGUUUUCUUAUUUACCUAUAUAAUAAAAUGAAAAAAAAAAAAUUAAUAAGACAAUUUAUUAAAAAAUUACUAAACGUAAAAACAAGAAAAAUAAUUAAAAAAAGGAUAAGAAGGAAAUGCUGAAUAUGAAAAUAUUGGACUACUAACCCCUAAAAUAAUGUGUAGACAUGAAAGAAGUACUUAAACUCUUCAUAAUAAGGAAGAACUAAAUCAACUUACAAGUUUAGAAAUUUCUGAGCAUUAUCCUUUUUUAACAACUAAUAUUAAAAAUUAUGAUUAUAUUUCCACUCCUG